ACCAAAUUUGAUUGUAAUUUAUUCCCAAAUUCAUCGAAUAAUAGAUGUUUAAUUCUUUCGCAACAUUUUUUAUUAUAAAGUUUUGCCAACAACUGACCCGGCUUUCAUCCUUGCAACUUACAAGAGUAUAAAUGUACGAACUUAGCCUCUUCUUACUUGUUUCAAUUUAAAUAUGAGGAAAUAAAUAAAUUGAAGGCAGUUAAAAGCGCCUUAAGUAAACAUUAAAUAUAUACUUUUAGGUCUACCUACUAUAGAAAUAUGAUCAAAACAAACUUGUUUUGAGAAACAGAUACAAUAUAUAGUUUUUAGACACCAAAGAAUGUCGCAUGACAUAACUAAAACACAUUUUUGAAUGUAUUCUCGCUGAAAAUUUCAUUGCUCCUAAAUGUAUACUAAAUAUUCCAAUCAUAUCAUAAAUUUUAAUUAGUAUAGUACAAUGCUCAGUACAAGCAGAUAAUCAAAUCGGUCAAGAGUUUCGAAAAUUUCAAAAUUAUGACUAAUAAUUCAUGCAAAGGCCUUACAAGCUCUCUGAUAACUGUUCAAACAAACAGCCAAGUGAAACUUAAGAUCUGUAUAUUCGACUGAACGAACUCAAGAAGGAACAACACGAUUUUUUAUUUAUUCAUAUAUUUAGUACUUGCAGCUCGGAAGUGCACCAGGGGAGUAGUCAGAAACAGCUGUGAAACCGUUAAGAGCAGCAAACAAUAUCAAUAAAAAAUACAUACAUACAUAUGUAUGCAUGUAUGUAUAUAAUUUAAUUGGAAAAUAUGUUUAUACCGCUCAACACUCGCGAAACGAACAGCAAAAGUCCACACUCAAGGGAAAUGAAAAACAUUCUGUAAAUGUCGUUGACGAGACGAGGCGGCGGUUGAGCAGUGCCUUCCAAAGCGGUUCGAAAACUAGCUGGAGAACCACACGCUAAGCGGAUAAAACACAAAAAAUGCGUCGCCCGAAAUUUUCGUUAAAGAAAUAUUUUUAUUUUACACUCUUUUGUGCGCUACUGCUGAUAUUUGGAUUAAAUUUGCGUGAACAUGAAAUUUGGAAAUCGAAAAGCGCUUCACCACAACGACAAGCGCGUUCGCAAGACGAACAAGCGGCGCAACCGAUGCCGCCUUAUACGCAUAGCGCCUUUACUGUUGCGUCGGGCGACGGCGCAGCGGCGCUGAACGCACACGUCGAAAACUCGGGCGUAGCGCCUGCGCAUAGCACACACAACGUGCCACUUGUCAACGCUGGAAAUAAUGAAUUGAGCGAACAACAGCAGCAGCAACAUUUGCAUCCAGGACAAGUGCCAUUAGAAAACACCGCCGCACGUCUUUGGUUCUUCCGGCAGGGUGAGUACUAUCCAAAGCCAGCGCACGCCACGCCAACGCGUACAGGACAGGGUAAACGUGGCAGUUAUGUUGGUGAUGUUGGUGGCGCAGGCGGUAGUUUGUUGCGUGGCAAGAAGCAUGAUCCACGCGGUGCUGGACUUUUUCCCUAUCAAAACCCGCAUAGUGAUCGCAUCGUCAAUCAGUUGAUGUAUGUGCCGCCGAACUAUGAGAAGGUGCGCGCCAGCGGGCGAAUGAAAAUCAUAUUGCUUUACAAUGGACUUGGUCCAUGGAAUGUGAAGCAAGGUCGUGAUGUCUUCCUACGCUCAAAAUGCCCUGUGGAUACCUGCGAACUGACAUCGAAUCGUGGUCUCGCCGACAAGGCCGAUAUGAUACUAUAUAAAGAUCAUUUCAUACCGACUGGCCUGGGUAGACCAGCGAACCCGCAGCAGGUCAGCAUGUUGUAUUAUCUGGAAUGUCCAUAUCAUACGCAAAACGUGAAAGUACCAGACGCCAUUAAUUGGACGGCCACCUACAGACAUGACAGCGACAUUGUAGCGCCUUAUGAGAAAUGGGUCUACUAUGACCCGAAAAUCAAACAAGUGGAGCAGGAUCACAAUUAUGCCAUGAAUAAAACGAAAAAAGUCGCUUGGUUUGUGUCGAAUUGUGGCGCACGGAAUGGACGCUUGCAAUUCGCGCAUGAAUUGCAAAAAUACAUAGAUGUACACAUCUACGGCGUUUGCGGCAACUACAAAUGCUCACGCAACACCGCCGACAAAUGCUUCGAUCUACUCGAUCACGAAUACAAAUUUUACCUCGCCUUCGAGAAUUCCAAUUGCAAAGACUACAUCACCGAAAAGUUCUUCGUCAACGCACUACAACGCAAUGUUUUACCAAUUGUAAUGGGUGCACGUCCGGAGGAUUAUGAGGUGAGCUCACCACAUCGUUCCUACAUUCAUGUCGAUGAAUUCGCCUCGCCCAAAGAAUUAGCCGAAUACUUGCACAUACUCGACAAAGACGACGAACUCUACAAUUCGUAUUUCAAAUGGAAGGGCAGCGGUGAGUUUAUCAACACGUACUAUUGGUGUCGCGUUUGUGCCGCACUGCAUGACGAGGAGUCAUUACGUAAACCGCGCUGGUACACGGACGUAAAUGAUUGGUGGCGUGGUCCCGGCGUCUGUACCAACGGUUCGUGGCGUAAUUUUAAGGCGCGCAAGGAUGUCAUACGCGACGAUUAGUGACGACUGCCGUUGGGUUAUUGGCUGGCAAUUGCAAGCAUUGUUAUUGAAUAUGUUAAGUAAUAGUUUAAGGUCUCUUUAUAACAAAAAAAAACACAAUACAAAAACAAAAACAAAAACCACAUAAAUAAUACCGAAUUGCUUAGUAGAUGGAAUGCGUGCGGUGUGAACGUGUGUGCAUGAUUAUACACAUACAUACAUAUAUGCAAGCGUAUAUGUGUGUGUGUGUGUGUGUGUGUGUGCGUGAGUGUUUGUUGAUAUGAUGCACAAUGCGACGGACUCAGCAGCAGCGGCUAGUUGAUUUUGGCGCUAGUCAGCUGUUGGCGGCACGUUUUUCAAUAAAAACAAAGCAUACACACAAGCAACAUAUGAACAUAAAUAUACAUACAAACAAUUUAUAAAAAAAAAAAAAAAAACAAUUUAUAAAAAAAAUUAAAAUAUAACAAAAAUUUGCUUACUUGCAUUAGAUAAAGAUUGCAUAAAGAUUGUAGCAAUUAAUAUUUGUAGCAACAUUUUGUACACAUACAUACAUGUAUGUGUAUGUGCACAUGGUUAUGCGCUUAUGUAGAACUAAAGGCAAAAAUUAUCGCGUAAUAGAAACCACGUAAUUUUCGGAUUUUUGUUUAAUUCAAUUUUUUUGCAAGCAAAUAAAUUUUAUUAAUGAUUUACACAACAAAUUAAACCAAAUUACGUACAUACAUACACUUGAUAACACGCACGCAUUCAUACAUAUUUCCGUACCUACAGAUGUAUGUACAAGUAUGUAUGUAUGCAGAAAGAUAUGUCGCAUUGCGCUUUGUUUUUACCCAUAAGAACAACAUUUGUGCCGAUUUUGCUGAAAUUAAAAAUUUUGCUUACCGAAAUCGCGCAUACAACUAUACACAUACAUACAUACAAACAUACACUUGCUUAUACUUAUAAGUCACGUGUGUUUAGCUUGUAAGCAAAUUAUACGCUAAGUUAGGCAAUUUUUUUAUAGAUGUGCGUAAGAAAAAAUAUCUCAAUUACACAAUAGCAAUAUGUAUUUGUAAAAUAGCAUAUAUACACGCACAUACAUUUAGGAUAAGUAUAAAUGCGCAUAGUUACAUACAUAUGUAUGUAAAUAGCUAUGCACAUAUUGCAAAAAAUACACAUAUGUGCAUAUGUUUUUGUGUUAGCGAGUAUUGAAAACGUAUCAUACAAAGGUCGUGAAAAUUCCAAAAAAAAAAAAAAAUCAAAAAAAAAAUAUUAAAAAAAAAAUUUUUUAAAAAAAUGAGUACAAAAAAAUGUAUCAACAAAAAUUCAAAAUUUCUGAAAACUGAGUUAAUUUUUAAGUGAGCAUAAGAUAAUUUUUACAUUUAUACUCAAAAAUUAUAAAAACCGCCACCACAUUUUAACUUAAACCCAUACAAAACACAAAUACAUACAUACAAGUAAGUUGUAUUAGUUUGUAGGCAAAGUGUGCGUGUUUAAAAGAGUGUGAACGUUAUUUUGCAUGUGUAGUAGUUAUCGCUUGUGCGUGUAUGUAUGUGUGCAUAUGAAUCUUCCAACGAUAAAUAAUACCCAGUUCCAUGCAUACCACUAACAAAGCAGUAAUGACGGCGUCAAGCGCUUAUAAUUGUCGCAGAAAAUUUUUUGUAAGUUUUAAUCAACAAAUUAACGCCAAAGUGAAUCCAAUGAAUCUAAUUAUUUGUAAUAUUUAACUUUUUAAGUUUGAUCGAAAACUACUUUAUCAGCCUUUAUGGUCACUGCACGAGCGCGUGAAGAGAUCGAAAACAAUUCCUUUGCAAACAUUUUUUUUGCAGAUUUUUUUCCUCAACAAUUCACUACAAAUAUCUGCGCGCCCGGGUUUUCGCCCUACGCGCCUGAUUACAGUUAUUCCGAUUCUAGUUGCCGUCGGCGCUUAAAUCUAUAUAGAACUGCACAUAAGCUUAAAAAAUCGGCAUUUCAUGUUACCUUUAACGGUAUCCUAUGCAACAUUAUUUUUAAAGUAACAUAAAUGUAAAUCAUUUACGCAGUUCAAUUUUGUGUCGGUCUAUUUUUAAGAUUUUGUAUAUUUUUCAUAAUGAAAAAGUGAAAUUUGGAGUUUGUAAUUUAUAUACAAUAUUAGUUUUUAGUAUUUCAGCAAUAUGAAAUCUUUAUUAGAUGAUAUACGACCUAUGUAUAUCUGCAUGAAAAGAAGAAGCGAUGCUUCAACAUUUUUGAAAAGAAUUUAAAUUUGAUGAACAAAAAGAAAUAAUCGAAACAUUGUAGUGAUUUUAGAACUUAGAUUUUGCUGAGUCUACAUAAGUACGGCUUAUACGAAGCUCGCUUGUUGUUGUUAUUGUUGCAGCGACAGAAAACAUUUGCCAAAUAGUUUCAGGAACCGUUUAAACGACAGGCGGAUCUACGUAAACGAAACGGAAUUGCAUUUUUAAACGACUAAAGACUAACAACGUGAAGAUCGCUCUAUCUCAGCAGCCGCUUCGUUUUUCGAACACAAUCUGAUAUUUUAACUAAUUUCAAGAAAAGAUAGAUAAAAACUUAUAAGAUAUAGUUUUUCAUAACAAAAACAUUUCAUGUACAGUAAAACCUUCUUCUGACUGCUGAGUUUUUUCCUAUUAUAAUUAUUAUUUUUUUUAAUAAUAUUUAUUGUUAUUAUUAUUAUUAUUUUUUAAAUAUUAUUAUUAUUAUUAUUAUUUGUAUUAUUAUUAGUUUGUAGGCAUGGCACUUUAACCCUUUCUGAUUCUGAUAUAUAUUGCUUGGACCACAAAUAAUUUUAAAAGCUUGCAAGUGAUGAUGUGAGCCAAUAAAAUUCUCUUAUUGUUGUUGUAACACCAGAUUUACAAAAUAAUAAUUAAUAAAUAAUUUCAGAAAAAUAACCACACUGAUAAUUUUAAUUCUUUUAACAAUAAUUAUAUUAAAAUAAUAUGUUUAACUUUUUUGUAAAUAAUUUACAUACAUAAGUAUAUAUUAAUUUUUAUACAAAUAUUAUAUAUAUUUAUGUCUACAUAUGUAUAUGUUUCCUUAUGUGUGUUUACUUAUAUAACAAGCUCUAAACCGGUAAACAUUAACUCGCAACCACCACAUAACUGUAAUUUGCAUACACACACACACACACAUGCAUACAAACAUAAAAUAGCUAAUAUUCAAAACAAAAAUAUUGUAAAAAGGGACAAAAAUAUAUAAGCAACGCGUUUAUUGUAACAAAAAUGCCAUUUCAAACCGUUAUAGGCGCUUUUCAUUGUUAAACACACAUACAUACGACACGCAUGCAUAAGCAACACAAAACAAUCAGUAAACACAAAUUCCUAUUUUCUUUGUCGCUUUGUUAAGUUAAUGUUUACACAACUUACAAUCUAUUAUAUCUGACAAUAUUAUACACGUACAUACAUACAAACGCACAUACUUACAUAUUUAACUAAAACCAUGUACGAAGAGUUGAUUGUAUGUGUGCAUCCGCACAAAUCUGUGUUUAUAUUUGUGAUUUAUUAAAUAUAAAUGCAGUUCGCAGAUAAUUCGACAAUUUUUUGGUUUCGAAUAACAAAUUUGUAUGAACAUUUUUACUUUCGUUUAUAUAAAAAGCAAUAUUUUUAAGCAUUUAUUUAAUUGUAAUAUUAUUUUACUGUGAUAAAUAUUACGUAAAUUACCAAAGGAUGUAAAAAUUAGCGAGAGAUAAUGCUGAAUAAAAUAAAUCAAAGCAAGCAGUUGCGUAUUAAUAUUCUAAGAAAAGCGAGCAAAAUAAUCAUAAAAUUAGAAAAUAAUAAAAAUACGACUUUAUAAAA